AGAGAGAGAGAGAGAGAGAGAGAGAGAGAGGGAGGAUGAACAAUAAUAAGAAGGGAGCACUGUCAUUGACAUUUAUUGCAUUGUUAGUAAUUGUUGAAGGAAUAGAGAGAGCCCAAUUCCCUCCCUCUUUUCUCUUUGGGACCUCAACCUCAUCUUACCAGAUUGAGGGAGCAGUUUCUGAAGGCAACAGGGGCCCAAGCAAUUGGGAUAUAUUCACUCACUUGCCUGGAAAAGUAAAGGAUGGUAGCAAUGGAGACAUUGCCGAUAAUCAUUAUCAUCUCUAUGAGGAAGAUGUCAACUUGAUGCAUUCUCUGGGUGUUAACUCGUAUAGAUUUUCGAUAUCAUGGUCUAGAAUUCUUCCAAGAGGUCGGUUUGGAGAAGUUAAUCAAGUGGGCGUAGCAUUCUACAAUAACCUUAUUGAUUCCCUCUUGCUCAGAAGAAUACAACCAUUUGUGACAUUGAAUCAUUUUGAUAUACCACAAGAGCUUGAAACGCGAUAUGGUGCAUGGCUUAGUCCAAAGAUACAGAAAGAUUUUGCAUAUUUCGCGGAAGUAUGUUUCGAGGAAUUUGGUGAUAGAGUAAAGUUUUGGAGCACAUUUAAUGAGCCAAACCUUAUGCUGAAAUUUGGUUAUCUCAACGGCAAUCACCCUCCUGGUCGUUGUUCAGAACCAUUUGGAAAUUGUUCUUUCGGGGAUUCUUCAACCGAACCGUAUAUCGCUGCACAUAACAUCAUAUUAUCCCACGCAAGGGCCGUUGGCAUCUACAAAAACAUCUAUCAGGAGAAACAAGGAGGCUCUGUUGGAAUUGUGAUUAUGACCCGGUGGUAUGAACCUCUCAGAAAUAUCACAGUAGACAUUUCGGCAGCUCAGCGGGCACUCUCUUUUGAAAUGGCUUGGUUCCUGGAUCCUUUACUACAUGGUGAUUAUCCUAUUGAAAUGCGUCGAGUCCUUGGAUCAAGGCUACCCACAUUCACAGAUGAAGAGAAGAUCAAAUUACGAAACGGGAUGGAUUUCAUAGGAGUCAAUCACUACACAAGUCUUUAUGUGAAGGAUUGCAUGUUUUCUCCAUGCGAGCUUGAUAAAUUUUCAGGAAAUGCACUAGUUUUCGCCACCUCACAAAGAAAUGGGGUGCCUAUUGGAGCUUCGACCGGGAUGCCAACUAUGUUUGUGGUUCCACAUGGCAUGGAGAAGGUGAUCAUGUACUUCAUGCAGAGAUACAACAACACACCUAUGUACAUUACUGAAAAUGGAUACAGUCAAAGGAGCGACGGAGUGUCCUUAAAUGACUUACUCAAUGACACGAACAGAGUAGAGUUUCUCAAGAGCUACCUCUCUUCUGUGGCUACUGCCGUAAGGCAAGGGGCAGAUGUUAGAGGAUAUUUCAUAUGGUCUCUCAUGGAUAACUUUGAAUGGACGCUUGGUUACUCUGUAGGAUUUGGGCUCUAUCAUGUAGAUUCCAAAACACAGGUAAGAACUCCAAAAUUAUCGGCUAAAUGGUACGAGCAAUUUCUAAGCGGAGGGUUGGAGACCGACCUGAAGUCGUCUGCUUAACGUUGGGAAAAUAUGCAAGAAGAUGCUACAUCGUAAACGUCAUUUGUAACAACAGGAAUGUGCUAUUGCUUGAUAUUAAGGAUUUCUUCUGUGCGUACAAGAUCAUGUUUUAUGUUUACACCCAAAGGAUUGUUUACUACCUCAAAAUGUGUUCGGGUGACGUAUUACUUGGAAUCGCAUGGCAUCGUAAAUUUGUCAUUGUAUUUUUGCUUAGAUGAUGGGCGAUAUUCUACGCUAUAAAAAAAUUGAUGAUUG